AUGGCGGGUUGCCGCGUGCUCAUCCUGGGCGCCGGAGGACACGCCCCUCCUCGCCGGGUUGGGGUUUUCUCGGCCCGCCAGUGGGUCACCAUCGGCUCCGACACCGCCACCUCUCCGGCGCUCCCCGUAGCGCACGCCGUGGCACUCGAGAUGUCGGCCGCGCCGGAGGCGCAGGCGCGGGCGCUGGCUUCCAAGGUGCGCGAGUUGGUGGGCGAGGGCGGCCGUCUGGACGCGAUCGUCAACGUGGCGGGGGGGUUCGCGAUGGGCAGCGCCGACGACCCAGCCGUGGUGGAGAGGAGCCGGGAGGGUAGUCGCGCAGUGUACUCCUCCGUGGUGGCCGCCCACGUCGCCAGCACGGCGCUGAGACCUGGUGGGCUGCUGGUGCUCCCGGGCGCCGCGGCCGCGCUGGGCCCCACGGGCUGGAGCCUGCCGUACGGCACCGCCAAAGCUGCCGUGCACCACCUGGUGCGCUCCCUGGCGGACGCCGAGAGCGCCGGGCUGCCGGCGGGCUGCAAGACGAUCGGCAUAGCGCCGCAGACGCUGGACACGCCGCAGAACCGCGAGGCGAUGCCCACCGCGGACCGCGGCACGUGGGCCACGCUGGACGAGGUGGGCGAGCAGCUCGAGGCCUGGUGCGCGGACCCGACGGGGCUGCGGAGCGGGAUGGUCUACGUGAUCCGGAAGGAGGCCGGCCUGCCAGCGGUCUUCGACCCCGUGGACCCGCUCUGA